AUGCGGGGUGGCCUGAAACUGGCGGACCGAGGCGUGAUUCCGCGACUCCUGAGCAGCGUAUACCGACGCGGUAAGAAGAUUGCCAAGGACACGGGUGGCAAGACGACCGUAGAUGUUGCCCUAUCGUACUACGAGAUCUAUAACGACAAGGUAUUCGACCUAUUUGAGCCGCCAGAGAAGCGCCAGCCUGCGGGCCUCCCUCUCCGCGAGAAGGACGGCAAGACUAUGGUGGUGGGCCUAUCAGAGCGCGCCUGUGAGGACCUCCAAGACUUCUCGCGUCUCUACAUCGAGGCGAACAACAACCGUGUGACGGCCGCGACAAAGCUCAACGCUCACAGCAGUCGAAGCCACGCGAUCAUGAGGGUCAAGGUGACCCAAACGACAGGUGACCAGAUUCGAGAGAGCACUGCGUCAGCCAUAGACUUGGCUGGCUCUGAAGACAAUCGCCGUACCGAUAACGGAAAGGAGAGACUGGUCGAGUCGGCUGCCAUCAACAAGAGUCUUUUUGUGCUGUCACAGUGUAUCGACGCCAUCUCUCGGGGAGACAAGCGGAUCCCCUACCGCGAGUCCAAAAUGACGCGUAUCCUCAGCCUCGGUCAGAACAACGGUAUCACAAUCAUGAUCUUGAACCUGGCGCCCAUUCGCAGCUACCACCUUGACACUCUGAGCAGCUUGAAUGUCAGCUCCCGGGCCAAGCGCAUCGAGGUUCGCGAGAUCGAGAACGAAGUCGUCUUCAAGCAGGUCCCGCGUACGAACUCGGGCAAUUCUACGACCACGCAGCGGCAGCCCCUGCGUCCUCUGGCAAACGCCCACAACAUCCACAGUGGUGCCAUUGCAGCGAAAGCAAACGAAAAGGCCGAUGCCACCCGUCCGGUCAAGCUAUUCAACGUUUACACCGAUCGUAGCAAGCCGUCAGCUCCCGCUCGCCCGGCUGCCAACACCACUCAGCUGCGAAAGCCACUUGCCGACCGUGAAUCGGCGCUCAAGCUCUCUAAGGUUGCCCGUCCCACUCAACCUGCGCAACAAAAGCUCUCGAUUUCUGCCGAACAACUGGAGGCCAUCGUUGAGAAAAAGGUCAGCGAGAUUCUUGCGUCCAGGGAGAACAAGACGACCGAGCCGGCUCCAGCACCUGCUCACCCCGAUAUCAACGACGCUGUCCAGCGUCGGCUAGAGGCACUUGAACGUCGCAUUGAGAGUGAAGAGCGGGAACGCGAUGAUACUCGGUCGGAGGGGCUUCGUUUCUUGUUGGCGGCUAGGCAGGCGAAGGAGAGUGGCAACGAUGUUGUGGCACUGCAGAUGUACGAGCAAGCUCUGCCAUUCUUCCCAGGCCAGGCGAAGCUACUCAGCAAGAUCGAGAAGCUGCGGUCGAAACUUGGAAAUAAGCUCCCCGCUGAAACAGCCUGGGCCCCCGCAUCAUCCCGUGACAAGCAUGAGAAGAAGCGCAGGAGGAUCGCUGACGAAAGCGACGAUGAGAACCACCAUCAAGCCAAUGCUGAUGAAGAUAUGAGCUUUGUGGACGUCGCUGCGAAGACGAAGAGCCGAAAGGCCAAGCCAACGAAGGCUCACAAGAUGGGUUUCUCCGAUGUGACUGGGCCAGCUUCCCCUCAGACCCGGAAUCUUUUGAACAUUGUCAACUCCCGGGACCUCGCCCAGAUCAAGGGCUUGCACGGAUUUGGGUCCAAGAAGGCCCAAGACCUGGUUGAUUACCUAGGCACGAUGUCAGAGGAAGGUGGCGCCCAGAUCGAAUCAUUGGCGCAACUGAAGACUAUCCCUGGAAUGGGUGGUCGAACGGUUGAACGUGCGUACGACGGGCUCGUCGGUGCUGUUUAG